CGCGGUGGCGUUUCCCAGGCCGGGGCGGUUGGGCGGGACUGUACUGGACGCCACGAGCAGGCUCCAAGGAGGUUGGAAGUUAUUGGUCCAGCAGGCAGAAUUCUUUCGACAGAUCAGAGGGUAUUAAGGAGCCAAAGUACAGAGUUCAGGUGCUUGAUCCUAAAGAAGUGGUUAUUGAACCAAUUGAAACAAUGUCACGGAAAGAACUUUCUUCAAAGAGCACUGAAAAUCCAGGUUUAUCUAUGAAUCCAGAACCUACACUGUGGUCAUCAACAUUCUUUCAAGAAAAUACAGGUGAGAGUGACAAAGAUGCAGCAGUCAACCAAAUAGCCAGAAACGGUAAAUGCCAUCCACAUUAUCAAGAGAGCCAAAGGCCCGAGAACCAGCCGUCAGGUACUCGAAGUGAUGAUAGCAGUGAUGAUAAUGAAGAAAAUAGUGCUGAACCUGGUAAAAAGGAAAAAGGAACAGCCCCUUUAGAGUUGAUGGCAGAGUUCCUGAGAGCAGUAAUGGAUCAAGACUACAAUUUGGCCAAAAAGUUGUGUCAAAUGAUCCUAAUCUAUGAACCAGAAAAUCCUGAGGCCAAGCAGUUUUUCCCACUUAUUGAAGAAAAAUUGCUGAUGGAUAGUGCUCAAGGUCUUGGUGAUGAAGAUUAUGAAGAGAGCGAUGAAGAUAGUGAUGAUAGUGAGGAGGAAAGCAGUGACGAGAGCGAUAAUGAUGAAAGUGAAGACACUUCUGAUUAUUCUAAAGAAGAAAUGUAAUAAAUUUCCCACUCCUAUUUCUGGCCUUGGUGAUUUUUUUUUUAAUUCUUCUCGAUACAACCACCUUAGAAAUGUUAGUAAUCAAAAUAUGUUUAAGCUUUUUGUCAUCAAAAUACAUUUGUUUUUCAGAUUUAAUUUGUAUUUGUCAAAGUUUCA